AAAUUUACAACAUGCAGAGAUAGGAAACGUGGUUAUUUUUUUUCUGUGUUGGUAGCACGAAUGUAUGGCCCCGUUUACCGCAACGUUAAAUGUAAAAUGGUGUUAUUCCUUUUCUUUAAAAAUGGUAAAAAAAAAUAUUCAACAGCAAUGCAAGACUUGUUUUCUACUGUAUGGAGCUUUUUGAACUUUGUUUGUGACGUUUCACAUCACGGAGGAAUAUAAAAUGGCAUUCUUCCAUCGUCAAGCAUUCACUCAGUACCAACGUUAUUGUAGACCUUAAUAUUAUUACCCCAUUUUUACAUUCUUGGGAAGUAUGCUUUUUUAAUGAGGGUUAUUUUAGGCUGUUAAGUUGCUACAUCGGUAUACUGUUAAGCAAAACAAAAAAACAAAACAAAAACAGAAGAAUUGUACUUUUAGUUUCUUAAUUGAUCCCCAGGAGUGCUUUAAGAAGUUGUGUUAUUUAUUAUCUGAGUUUGAAAGUUUGUUAAAUCUGAUUCAAAUAAUUAUUUUGUAUUAGUGAUCGUAGUGACACUGGUCUGUGGAGCUGUAAGAAAGUGAGGAGUAUAGGAGAAACAUUUAGGGAUUCCUGAAGGUCAAUGCGCAAGGAACAGUCCACAGGCUAUAUUGAAGAGCUGAAGGCAGUGAUCAUUGCUGCUGGGUACAGCAUCGCUUAACAAACACUGGCAACAUGCAUAAGGUGUGGCGUGCAUUGGCAAAGAAGAUGAGGAGGAAACGAAUAAGACAGGCCCUGGCACAAAAGAGAGACGAUUUGCUUCAGAAAGAACAAGAAAAAAGAGAGAAGUCUCCACGAUAUCAAGCGUGGCUUGCUGAGCAGAAUGUACUGGAAGAAUUUCGACAUGAAGAGGAGUCACGGCUGCAGACGGAGAGAGACCGUCAGUGGGAGCGUGACGAAGAACUGGCCCAACGGCAGUGGCUAGAACGUCAGGAGAGGCUUGCGCAGGCUAGAGAGGAGAAGACUAAACAAGAGUUAAAAAUUCGUGAAGAGUGGGAACUGGAACAGAAGAAACUAAAGGAGGUUGAAGAGGAGGAAAGAAGAAAGCAAGAAGAGAAGCUGCAAAAACAGGAAGAUUUGAUGCGCCAGAUUGAUGACUUCAUAAAACACGGAGGAGAACUGCCGCCUUCAGUAAACAUUUCAACCGAGACUCAUCCAGAUAAACCUAUUUGUCCAUUUUUUUCGAAGACCGGGGCAUGUAGGUUCGGUGAUCGUUGUUCUAGAAAUCAUCCAAGACCAGGCAUUAGCAAAGUUUUGUUGAUUCCUAAUUUCUAUUCCCAUUUUGGUAUCGAUCAGUCCAUGAUUGAUGAAUAUGACACCGAUCUCAUGCUGGAGUAUGACGACAGAGAAACGUACCAGCAUUUCAGGGAAUUCUAUGAAGAUGUCCUGCCCGAGUUUGAGCAGUGCGGUCGAGUGGUUCAGUUCAAGGUGUGCUGUAACUGUGAGCCGCACUUACGAGGGAACGUCUACGUUGAAUAUGCGAGCACGAGAGAUGCUGUCGGGGCGUUCCAGAAGUUCCAGGGCAGGUGGUACGGAGGCCGUCAGCUCAAUGUCGAGUUUACGUGCGUGUCUUCGUGGAAGUCUGCGAUAUGUGGCUUGUUCUUCAAGAGACGCUGUCCGAAAGGAAGGAGCUGUAAUUUUCUUCACGUGUUCCACAAUCCUGCAAAUGCUUUCGCUGGUGCAGAUCAUGAUUAUGGGUAUUCACGGCGACAGUGGAAACAUAGUUCAAGGUCACGAUCAAGAUCAAGAUCUCGCAGUCCUAGCAGGAAAAGGUCACGUAGGAAUAAAGACGAUAGGAAUAACUGGCGAUGGUCCGAGACGCCGGAGCCAUCCGCGGGAAGUGUAAAUGGUGACUCGAAACAGAACAGAGAUCAAAACUCUGAGAAGAUUCAGUCUCAACGGAGAAGAAAAGUUAAGGACAAGGAGACUCGCAGGAGGAGGAGGAGCUGCAGAACGUCCGACUCUCACAGGAAGGAAAGGAGGCGGAAAUCAUCUCCUUCCCAUUCCGUAUCCAAGUAAUGAUGAAGUUCUCCGGUCCUUGCGUGGUGGCGAUUUGUACCGUGUUCGCCAUG